AUGGCUGAGCAACCAUCAACGGCAAAGACAUCCAUCGAUUUAUUACAAGCCGCUGGACUUUAUCCAAACCCAAAUGGCUCAUUCAACCGAAUCGAAGCAUUUCCAAAGCUCCUUCCAAAGCCGGAAAACACUACCGGUGACGAUUCAAAAUCAACCCAAAUCGCUCUCUCCAAAGACAUCCCUCUGAACCCAACAACCAACACCUCCAUUCGCAUCUUCAAACCUUGUAAUCUUCCUCCAAACUCGAAGCUCCCAAUCAUUAUCUACUUCCAUGGAGGUGGGUUCAUAAUCUUCAGUGUCAGUACUACACCCUCACACGAAUCAUGCAACGCCAUGGCAUCUCAGUUCCCAGCUCUGAUCCUCUCCGUCGAGUACCGUCUUGCACCGGAACAUCGCCUUCCGACAGCGUACGAUGACACCGUCGAAGCUAUCGUGUGGGUCCGAGAACAGGCAUUAGGAAUCAACAGUUGUGAUCCGUGGCUGAAAGAUUUGGCCGAUUUUUCUAGGGUUUUGUUGAUGGGUGGUAGCGCAUGUGCUAAUAUAGUCUACUACGCAGUUGUGCGUGUACCCGAUAUUGAUCUUACGCCGCGAGUCUCAGAUGGAGAAGGUCGGAAAAUUAUGCCGGUGCUUGGUCAGGGCUAUGGUGGGGAUCCAUUUCUUGAUAGACAGAGAGAGUUCGUGAAGUUGUUGGAGUCACGUGGUGUGCACGUGGUGACCCGGUUCGAGGAUGGAGGCCACCAUGGUGUAGAGAUCUUUGAUCCCAAAAAAGCCCAAGAUUUGUAUGAUGAUAUGAAGCAAUUCAUUGAAUCAGAGUAA